UUUUAGUACAAUACAAAGACUUAAGUGAUGGAUUGCAAACUCGUAUUUUUAGUACUAUAGUAGAAGGAUCUAUUUGAUCAUAUCUCAUGAUAUUAGAAAACUCGUUUCGUAGCAUACAAUUAAAUACCCAGAAGUGGAUAAAAACCGGGAAAACCUUGUUGAUCCAGGGAAAAUCAUGUCAGACCCAGACCCUAAAACCCCGAUAUACCCGGAAAACCCCGAUUUUGAGGGUUUGUCCGAAAAAUAACUUUUAUUUUUUUAUUUUUUAAUAUUUGUAAACCAAUAAAGUUGUGGUUUCAACAUCCUAAAACGAAAAAAUAUUUAAUACAUUUAUAUACUCCGUAUUUAUUUAAGAAUGAAAAUCAUGCCAAGUUCAGAAUUAUAUUUUGGAAUAUUAUGAGAGUGAUUUAGAUGUCUAAUUACCAUUAGUUGAUUAUUAUAAAUUGUUAUAAAUAAUAACCACUCUGCACCGGCCUCUUAUUAUAAAUUUGUAUAUAAAUAUAUGUUCAUCAUUAUUGUAUUCUCUGUUAACCGGUUUUCCGGCACUUACCAGGUUAACCCACCUGAUCUGGGUUGACCAGUGACCCAGACAUGUGAUCGGGUUGCUUCCUGCUCCGAUUUUUUAAACAUAGGUUAGAAGGACUCCUAUUAAAUACUCCGUAGUUCAAUAUUUUUCACAUUAGUAUAAUAGUAUUGAAUAUAAUUUCAAUGGUAUGAAGGCCAAAAAUAGAAUUAUCUUGAAUAGGGUUGAACUUUCAUGAUUAGAUUAUGACCAGUCCUUUACCUGGUGUUAUACGCGCAAAUUUUGCAAACUCCACCAAUCAUGAUUACGUACCAGGCCAUGAACGAUGAUCAUAUAUCAUUGGAGAAGUCUCGGCUUCUAAUUCGGUUUUAGGAAAUAAGAUUUUUACGAACAAAUUAUGUUUCCUAAUUGUUAUUAUAUUCAGUUUUAGUAUAUGACAGAGUUCUAUUCCUGUACGGAGUAUGUUUCCUAAUUGCAUGAAAUUCAAGUUCAUAUAUUAUUAUAAAUACAUUACAUCUAUCCGCAUGCAGGCCAGCAGGCCCUAAGGAUUUGUGUAUUUACCAGAUCUAUUAAUUUCCUCCAUCUUAUUAACAUCCUCAUCACUUACAUUCUCAACAGAUAGAAUGGGCUAUACUCCAUUCUUGUCGAAUGAUAUAAUCUUGGAAAUUCUCAAAAGACUUCCUGCCAAGUCUCUUAUGCGGUUCAAGUGUGUUUCCAAAGGAUGGCUCAAUAUGAUUCUUAAUCCUUUCUUCAUAGAAUCGCACCAAAACCAGGCCCGAACCCGCCCCGAUGCCUCUCACCGCUUGUUUGCCUAUUCUCACUACAAUCAUCUCUUGUUAUCUUACCAUUACAAUGAUCACCCAGAACUUCUUAUCCAGACAAUCUUCUCCACAAAAAUGAAGCUCGAUUUUACCUCUUCACAAAUUCUCUAUUCUCAACCUCCCCUCUGGCUUGGUGCUAAUACCCGCAUAACCAGUGAGUUUCAAGGAAUCUCAAACAUUACCAAUGGUCUUAUUUGUGUUCAUAUUUAUGACGUCGGUUGUCGGGAAAAACAAUCUCUUUGGUUGAUAAACCUUGCCACAAUGCAAAAGAGAUCUCUCCCAAUCCCAAGGUUGUGCUGCUCACACACAAGCGCCUAUUUUCUGGGGUUUGAUUCGUCCUCCAAAAAGUACAAAAUCCUCCAUUUUUGCAGUGGGGGAGAAUAUGAUUGUCAGGUUCUCACUUUGGGAAGAAGGAGAUGGAGGCGGGUCAUCGGGCCAAAUCCUGGUAAAGAACUUGGAUUGGUUGAGGCUAUGUCCACGGAUGGAAGAAUAUAUUUUAUGGUGGGAAAUAGAGAUCUUCAUGUCCUGACAUUCUUUGACUUGCGUACGGAAAAGUUUGAACAUCUUUCCAUUCCAGAGGCCUCUCUUCGUCGAGAAGGUAACACGGGAUGGCAUUAUUGCCCUUAUUAUUUUCAAGAACUUUUGGAGAUUAGAGGAAAGGUGGGACUCGUGCGUGGAUUGAAGGUUUGGAUUUUGGAGGAGACCGGUUGGAUUGAAAAGAGCAUAAUCCUUCCUAAUCACGUUUAUAACGGUACGUUUGUUGGUCAUGAAAGAAAUUACAAGAUUGUCAUCAAGUCUUCUCCAGGGGCCGAUAUGGCUUCAAAGUACUACCUCUAUGAUUUGGACACGUCCGAGUGUAUAGAAGCUCCAGAAAUCGCUAUCCACGAUUUGAACUUUAGUAAUUACUUAUUUGGUUCAAAUCUUUCUUCAUAUAAUUGUAACACGAAACUCUUCAACUAUAUUGAAAAUAUUACAACAUUGU